UACAUGAUUAAUGCUUAUAAUAUAUUCACUAACUUGCAUAAAGCUGUCUCUGUCCUUCUCUUCACCUUGCUUCUUCUUCCACCCUCUCAAUAUUCUUUCUCUGUCUACACUUUUUUUUUCUUCUCGGUGCUUUGCCACACUACCUUUGUUUCUUCUAGCACCGUGCUGUCAGAAGUUUUGACCCAAGAACAUGCUAGUGGCAUUGCUAUUGCUGCUGGCAUUGAGCAAUGAUGUCAGAGUUAAUGGUGAUGGUGGACAAUGUGAGCAUAAUCUGGCACUAAAACCAAGACCACACACUGUGUCAAUCUUGGAGUUCGGCGCGGUUGGGGAUGGUAAAACGUUGAACACUAUUGCAUUCCAGAAUGCCAUAUUCUAUCUCAAGUCAUUUGCCGACAAAGGUGGUGCUCAGUUAUAUGUGCCACCCGGAACAUGGCUCACUCAAAGUUUCAAUCUUACUAGUCAUCUUACACUCUUCUUGGAAAAAGGUGCUAACAUUCUUGGAUCUCAGGAUCCAUUUCACUGGGAAGUUGUUGAUCCCUUACCUUCUUAUGGCCGAGGAGUUGAAGUUCCUGGGGGAAGAUAUCAGAGCUUAAUAAAUGGGUAUAUGUUACAUGAUGUGGUCAUAACAGGCAAUAGUGGAACAAUUGAUGGCAUGGGAUUGGCUUGGUGGGAAUUGUUUAGCUCUCAUUCCCUUAACUACAGUCGUCCUCAUCUGAUUGAACUAGUGGCAUCUCAUCAUGUGGUUGUUUCAAAUCUUAUAUUCUUGAAUGCUCCUGCAUAUAGCAUCCACCCAGUUUAUUGCAGCAAUGUACAUAUUCACAAUAUUUCAAUUUCUGCUCCUCCAGAAUCCCCUUAUACUGUUGGCAUAGUACCAGAUUCUUCUGAUCAUGUUUGCAUAGAGGAUUGUCUCAUUGCAACUGGCUAUGAUGCAAUUUCCCUCAAAAGUGGCUGGGACGAAUAUGGCAUUGCCUAUGGCAGGCCAACUGAGAAUGUACACAUCAGAAGGGUGCAUCUGCAGGCCUAUUCUGGCUCUACUAUUGCAUUUGGCAGUGACAUGUCUGGUGGCAUUUCAAAUAUUCUCGUGGAGAAUGUUCAUCUUUACAACUCAAAUAGUGGCAUUGAGUUCAGAACCAUGAGGGGAAGAGGUGGUUACAUGAAGGAAAUCAUUGUAACAGACAUAGAAAUGGAGAAUAUAUACACAGCAAUAGCUGCCACAGGUAAUUGUGGAUCUCAUCCUGAUGACAAAUUUGAUCCUAAUGCUCUCCCACUUUUGGACCACAUUAUUUUGCAAGAUAUGACAGGCACAAACAUCACUAUUGCUGGAAACUUUGCAGGACUACAAGAAUCUCCCUUCACCAACAUAUGCCUUUCCAACAUAACUUUGUCUCUAAAUUCUCUUUCUUCCAUCACUUGGAAAUGCUCAAAUGUCUACGGUUUUUCAGAUUCUGUUCUUCCCAAACCCUGUCCUGAUCUUGAGACCCUUUCGGAUUGUCUCUCCCUUAUGAGUAUCAACGGAAAAACUGCAGUCAUGUGAUUGGUACUUUUCAACAAAAGGUUCAUAUUAUUGAGUUCCUGCUUGAAGGCCAUGAAAAAGUGAUUAGCCAUUGCUAUAUCAGAUUGAGUCAUAUUCUUUCCUAUAAGACAAUUAUUUGGAUUACUCAUUUUUGCAUUCUUGCAUGCUGCAAGCAGCAAGCACAUUUUUUGUACAGCUUCAUUUCUUCAUUCAUGUGUAAUGAAAUUUUGAUAGUGCCCACAGGAGGACUCAAUUUGUUACUUUCACUUUUGCAUUUG